AUGGCGUGGCCGCGAGCAAGUGCCGCGACCGUGGGGUUGCUGAACCUUGUGAUUGCUGUACUGCAGGUCCUUGCCGGCGUGAACGGGUUCCUGUCCAUCCCCGACCUCGUCACGCUGCAGUUGGCGCCGAUCUUCAUCUCGGCCUACGCGAUCCUGUUUGCCCUGCCGCUCUUCCUGUACGAAUGCAAGUUCAAGCGCUUCCACCGCAUCCUGCGCCGCCAGAUGGGCUUCAUCUUCCACUUCUACGGCCGAUGCGCGUACCUGGUGUUCAUUGCGUUCAUGGACGUGGGUAUCCCCGGCGGCCUCGGCAUGAUCAUCGCCGUCCUUAUCGGCGUCAACCUCGUCUUCAUGCUGUCCUUGCGCUGCUGCGGCGUCCCCCUCGACGAAACGCGGCCGCUCAUCGCCGGCCAACCCCACGACACGUACAAUGCGACCGUGAUGUCCCCGCAAAACGUUGUCAAAGUCGCCAAAUUCCUCUCGUAA